AGGACUCUCCACCGGCAUCGAAAUGUCAUAACAAUCAAGACACUCUGUAGUGCAGGUAACUCCGGCACGAAGGGUUUUCCACGACAAAAGCCAUCAGUAAAGACAGCACGGUGUAUGGCGAACUGUGUAAGGCGGAACCGCGUCCCCGACGAGGCAGGCGGUCAGAGGCUUGUAGCCAAGGACACGCACCGCUGGGUUGAUCUUAAAUGCGAAACUGAUGCUAAGGCAAGAACGUCUCCUGGCGUGAUCGUCUAUCCCAUCAACGAGGACGCAAUCAAGGCGUAUACAGUCGAGGCAGCGAUGCCUAAUCAGAGGCGGCCACGCAAGAGGAAACGCUGCGAGGCAACUGAAGCAAGGGCUGCGUGGCUCUGGGCGUCCCUGUUGCUACAUGCAAAGGUCGAUUCUCCGUUCGCGAUACCUGACUCGGCGCAGGAGGCGAGUUUUCAGACGACUUCAACGCAUGGCAUACUUACCCUCGUACCACUGCCAUUUGCGGACCCAACUACGGUGACAGCAAGUGCCGGCGCAGACCUUUCGCCUUCAUUCCUGGGUCUUAAGACGAUAGGCGGUUAG